AUGUCUUUGACAGCUUUGUUGAAUGAAGACCAGAGAAAGGACGGGGGUCCUUCAAAGGCGAAGAAUAGCAGCAGUAACAGUAAUAGUAACAAAACCAGCAGCAAUGGAAACGUCAGUAAUGGCAGUGGUAUGGGUGAUGAGCUGCGAAACCGGUUUGUGCAACAUAUGAACGCCCAGUUCAGAGACCUAGGCGCAAGAGAUCUGCGAGAACAAAGAUCUCAAGAUUGGCGUAUGUUGAGCUACCAGGAAUUCGAACUAGUGACAGAAUGGAACAACCAAUCCAGAGAUCUGGGAUCAAACGGGUGCGAAAAACUGUUGGCCAACAUGGACUCCACAUUGCAGGAAUGGGAUCACUUCCAAGACUACGCCAGACACAGAGACGAAGUGGUGCGACAACAGCGGGAGCUGCGGGAACGCAAACGUCGCCAGCAAGAACAAGAACGGUUGCAAGAGCUCAAAGAGCGGGAAAAGUCCCAGGAGCAACAACAGCGGGCCAAAGCGGCUGCGGUAGCAGCCACCACCACCACCACAACAACAACUGCAGCAGAAGCGAAAAAACCGCAUCAAGCUAACGGCAAAGACCACCACCAUCAGCAUUCACAAACCCAGGAUUCCGCUCCUGAGAAAAAAGAGACCCAUAAACCGCGCAGCACCAACAGCAAGGCAAAGACCAAGGCCAAUGGUCGUUCCAACAACGGGAACGGCGGUGCUUGGAACACCGAACAAAACCUCCACCACCACCACCCUGACAGCGACCACAACGACCACGAUGGCGAAUCAGACCAUCAAAACCAUCUUCGCGACGAGGAUAACGAUGAAGAUGACGACAUCGAGGACGACGAUGAAGACGACCAAGACGUGGACCUGGACGACCUCAACGAUGUCGCCAUUCCGGAAGAAGACGACGACGACAACGACGAAGACUUUCUGCUGGAAGAUGACAAACUGGACGCCCACGAAAAAGCUGGCAAAAAAGUGGAUCUCAGCUCGGAGCACACCAAGAUUCGUCGCGAAAUCGCACGCAUGGUCAACAAAAACAAGAACGUCAAGGCCAAGAAACGUCGUUUCACCAAUUCCACUAUUGUCGAACACAUCCAGAGCGAAAAACUAGAAGUGAAAAUCACGCUCAAGCAGUACCAUGUACGACAGCUCAAGCGUCUCAUAGCAGAAAAACAACGGGCUCAAGAAGAAGAGGCUAUGGGCCCCGCGGAACCGGCUCCCAAGAAGCGCAAACCAGCCCCAAGUAACGAAGAGGUGGUCAUACCCGCUUCCAUCGAUGGCCUGCCUACAUACGGCCUCAAAAUGACCAUCAAAGAAGCCCGUGGUAUCCAAAGACACUACGACAACACCUAUUUCACCAUCUGGAAAGACAUGGCUCGUAAGGAUUCUGCCAAAGUGGCACGGCUGGUCCAACAAGCUCAAACAAGCAGAAACGUUAAUUUUAAGAAAACUUGCACUUUGGUGUGUCGAGAAGCUCGCAAAUGGCAACUCCGGAAUUUCCGUCAGGCCAAAGAUUUCCAGUCUCGAGCUCGUAGAGGUGUCAGGGAGAUGUCCAGCUUCUGGAAAAAGAAUGAGCGAGAUGAAAGAGAUCUGAAGAAAAAGGCCGAGAAAGAAGCUUUGGAUCAAGCCAAGAAGGAGGAAGAAGAACGUGAGAAUAAGAGGCAGGCUAGAAAGCUCAACUUUUUGAUCACGCAAACCGAGCUGUACUCGCACUUUAUCGGUCGUAAGAUCAAAACCGAUGAGAUCGAAGGAACCAUGGCAGACGCUUCACUUUCGUCACAAACCGGUGCCAAAGCUGACAUUGACCUCUCCACAACCGAAGCUUCAAAAACUGAUUUCAAUUCCAUCGAUUUUGAUAAUGAGGACGACGAAAUGUUGAGGAUGAAAGCUGCUCAAAAUGCUUCCAGUGCUCUUCUCGCCAGCCAAACUAAGGCCAAAGAGUUUGACGCAAAUCCGGAUGAAGACGAUGAACUCAACUUUCAAAAUCCAACCUCCCUGGGUGACAUCACAAUUGACCAACCAAAACUGCUCACUUGCACAUUGAAAGAAUAUCAAUUGAAGGGUCUCAACUGGCUUGCCAAUCUUUACGAUCAAGGAAUCAACGGUAUCUUAGCAGAUGAAAUGGGUUUAGGUAAAACCGUGCAGUCCAUCUCUGUUUUAGCACAUUUGGCAGAGCAUCAUAACAUUUGGGGUCCAUUCAUUGUGGUAACGCCUGCCUCCACUUUGCAUAAUUGGGUCAACGAGAUAUCCAAGUUUGUCCCGGAAUUCAAGAUCUUGCCCUACUGGGGUAAUGGUAACGAUCGUAAAAUACUGAGAAGAUUUUGGGAUAGAAAACAGUUUAGAUAUGGAAAGGACGCUCCCUUCCACGUUCUUAUCACAUCUUAUCAGAUGGUUGUGUCGGACGCUGCCUACAUCCAGAAAAUGAAAUGGCAAUACAUGAUUUUGGAUGAAGCUCAGGCUAUCAAAUCAUCUCAGUCUUCAAGAUGGAAAAAUCUGCUCAGCUUUCAUUGCAGGAACCGACUACUACUUACUGGUACACCUAUUCAAAACAAUAUGCAAGAACUUUGGGCCCUGCUUCAUUUCAUUAUGCCGUCGUUGUUCGACUCGCAUGAUGAGUUCAGCGACUGGUUUUCAAAAGAUAUCGAGUCGCACGCGCAAUCAAACACGAAAUUGAAUCAGCAACAGCUGCGCCGUCUUCAUAUGAUCUUGAAACCUUUUAUGUUGCGGCGUAUUAAGAAAAAUGUUCAAUCUGAGUUGGGUGAGAAGAUUGAGAUAGAUGUUAUGUGUGAUCUGACAAGAAGACAGCAUAAACUCUACCAAGUCUUGAAGUCUCAGAUGUCGGCAGCCUAUGACGCCAUUGAAAAUGCAGCUGGCAAUGACGAAGCUAUUUCUGACCAAAAUAUCGUGAACACUGUAAUGCAGUUCAGAAAAGUCUGCAACCAUCCCGAUCUUUUUGAAAGAGAAGAUGUGAGCUCUCCAUUUUCAUUUACUGACUUUGGCCGAAGUGGAUCGCUGGCACGGGACAGUAACCUUCUUGAUGUCAAGUACUCGUCAAGAAAUUGCAUUGGUUACAAAGUGCCUCGUCUCAUCUUUAAUGAACUCGUACUUCCACAGUUCGAUAACGCGAUUGGUAACAGGAAUAAGCUGCUGCAUCAUACGCUUAACAUUUUGCAUCCAUCCAACUCUGAAGAGAUGUGCUCCAAACUUUCUUCUUUAAGCGGGCAAAGUUCAGGAAAAUUUUACGAGCUGUCCAACCAAGAUCUUGUUCAAAGAGCAUUGGGUCUGAAAGCGCCUGCGUCAGCUUCUCGCUUGAAUUCAGUUUACGGUAGCGAUGAACUCAAGGCGGUUAGCCAACGCAAAUUUACCAUCGAGGAUCAACAACAAUCGUUGUCAGAUCUCAGCAAGGGCACAGUUGACAAAGUCCUAUCCAGUUUGGUCGAUGUUCAACAAAACGUCUAUGAAAGGGAAUACAUGAAUGUUUUGCGUCCAGCAUAUCAUCACACUGCUAGUGCGCCACCUGUCGACGUUGACGUCAGCGGAUCGUCUCGUUUCUCUCUCAUGAAAAAUCUCGAGCUGUUUGAUCCCUCUUUGAGCCAAGCGCUGAGCGCUGUGCCUCCCGAAAUUCAAUGUGAACUCCGUACAAAGUAUAAACUGCCGAUUUCACAAUUUCCAGUUUCAGAGCUUUACCCACAGACUUUGAACAAGAACUUCACAUCCGAGAUAUCCAUGCCUUCCAUGGAUAAAUUUAUCAUGGACUCUACCAAGCUCAGAAAACUAGACGAACUUCUAAUCGAUCUCAAAAAGGACGACCAUCGUGUUUUGAUUUACUUUCAGAUGACUAAGAUGAUGGAUCUUAUGGAAGAGUACCUCACGUAUCGUCAGUACAAACACAUUCGUUUGGAUGGCUCUUCAAAGCUAGAAGACCGUAGAGAUCUAGUUCACGAUUGGCAGACCAAGCCUGAUAUCUUCAUUUUCUUGCUCAGCACAAGAGCUGGUGGUUUGGGUAUCAAUCUCACGGCAGCUGAUACUGUCAUUUUCUAUGAUUCCGAUUGGAAUCCUACCAUUGACUCUCAAGCAAUGGAUAGAGCUCAUAGACUGGGCCAAACUAGGCAAGUGACUGUGUACAGGUUAUUGAUCCGCGGAACGAUUGAAGAACGCAUGCGCGACAGGGCCAAACAGAAAGAGCACGUACAGCAGGUGGUUAUGGAAGGUAAAACGCAGGACAAGAAAAUUCAAGAAAUCAAUGCCGCUUAA